AUGGGAACCUCAGUAGUUGCUGUUCUUCUUGUUAUUUUACAUUAUCUUCUCGUUUUUGACCCCUCCGAGAACCCGUUCCCAGAUUCAGAAGACCCUACAUCCCCAACUCAUUACAGUAAUAAGUGGAAGUGGAGGCCAAACAGUUUUGAUGAGGCUACUGUGAACUUGUUCUCGAGACUACGGCAACGACUUCCCGGCGGCAGGCAGCGAUGGCAGGACGAUUUGACACAGGCAAUCCUUGUCCUUUGCGACGUCCAGCUUUUGACUGGGCUGGGAAUUCUUGUGAGCGGAUACAUCAAUCUCUUCCGCAACGCAAUUUCCGCUUAUCACUGGAGAAUUCUUGUUUACCUUGUCUGGUUUUCGAAUCUAACUCACACGUCUUCUCUGACUUUACUGCGGGGCUAUCUGAAUCAUCAUCGAUUAGAACGCAUCUGCCGAUUUGGAUUGAUGUUCAUUCUUUGGGGCGGCCUCCUGGCUGCAUUCAUUCCGACAUGGUGGUUUGGUUGGUUCAAUGGUGACCCAACAGGCAUUGGAGCUUCCAACGCACGCUGUUUCUACAGCCCUGACCUGGCCAAGAGAGUGACUAUAUGGCGGGUCUGUCAAUUCGAAAGCAUCAAUGCUACAGAUCCCAACUUGAUGGCAGAUGUUUGCAUGAAACAUGCCUCAUAUAACGAUGUGUGGUACAGAUACAGCAACGGGAGAGCAGAAAUGUCAGCCCUAACAUCAAUGAUUUUAAUAUUUUUCAGCUUUUUCAUGCGAGUUGUCAAGAUGACCAAUAAGUUCUCGGGUGCCAUGAAAACAACGUUUCGAACCAAGCCGAGCAUUGGCUUGUCAGGAGAAUGGCCAGAAGAACAAACAAUGCAACCAAAGGGAGAUUCCAAAGGUGGAUGUCACACAAGAUUCUGGUUAUUGAGAUGUCUACCUCGUUGCGAAAAGUUAUGUUGA